AAAUAAAACCCCUUUUUUUUUUCUUUUAAUUUAUACAUUUAAAAAAAAAACAUGGCACCUAACCCAACUUCGGAUUGGACUGAACUUCAUGAUCGCUUUUAUAGAAAGCAAGAAAUUUAUUCUUUAUCAUGGAACCAAACCGACCUUUCGAAAUUCAUGAUCUCGGGUGCACAGUAUGGUGGACCCAUCGCCAUGAUUCGGGAUGAUAAGAAAGUGCUUCUGCUUCAAAAACAACAGCCUAUUAAACCCACCAUUUACAUGUACACCAGCGCGGGUAAACUUAUUGAACAAAUUCAGUGGGAUAAAGGACGUAUUGUAGCAUUGGGUUGGACGGAUGGAGAGCAACUGGUGGUAGUGACAGACGAUGGUUCUGUGCGUCUAUACACAUUACAUGGUCAAUACACCCAAUUCUCACUAGGCAAAGAUGCACAGAACGACGGGAUUAUCGACUGUCAAAUCUGGGGAGGAGGUUUGAUUGCUAUGACGGGCAAAUACCAACUGAUCUCCGUCACAAAUUUUGAUGAACCUCAACCAAAGCCCAUGGCCGAAAUUAAUUUGGAUGAGCCUCCACAUAGUUGGACCGUCGUACCACCUCAAUUUACACUGAGUCGACAUGUCGAAGUCUUGAUUGCGACGGGAUCCACUAUUUUGGUGGUCGAUAGUAAAGAAGCCACCGACCAGCACCUGACACAAGGCCCCUUCACCAAAAUGGUGGUCUCUCCCAACGGUAAAUUUUUAGCCUUGUUUACGAUGGAUGGUAAAUUAUGGGUAGUCUCUACAGAUUUUCAAAAGAAUUUAUCGGAAUAUGCUACCAAAUCAAAGAUCCCACCUCAACAAUUAGUGUGGUGUGGUACGGAUUCAGUGGUAUUGUAUUGGGAUAAAAUCGUAUUGAUGGUCGGUCCCUUUGGAGAUUGGAUCAAGUUUACAUAUGAUGACCCCAUUUAUUUGGCCUCCGAAAUCGAUGGUGUGCGUAUCAUCAGUAAUGAUAAAUGUGAGUUGCUUCAAAAAGUUCCUGCUUCGACUGAGAAAAUCUUUAAAAUUGGAUCCACCGAACCUCCUGCCAUGUUAUUCGAUGCCCUAGAUCACUACGAGCGAAAGAGUCCAAAGGCCGAUGAGAAUAUUCGAAGCAUCAAGACCGAAUUGAUUGAUGCGGUAGACAGUUGUAUUGAAGCAGCAGGAUUUGAAUUUCAACAUCAUUAUCAACGUUCGCUUUUAAAAGCUGCCUCCUUCGGUAAAUGUUUCCUUGAAAACUACAAUGCCAAUAGUUUUGUCGAUAUGUCACAAACCAUUCGUGUCUUGAACGCCGUCCGAUUUUACGAUAUUGGUAUCCCACUUACCUACGCUCAAUACAAGCGAUGCAGCCCAGACGCUUUAAUCGACCGAUUGAUCAACCGUAAUAACCACUUGUUAGCCAUCCGCAUUGCCGAAUACUUGCAACUUCGAACGGAUAAAAUUUUGAUCCACUGGGCCUGUGAAAAGAUUAAAUCGUCUACCGAGGAUGAAGAAUCCAUUUGUCGUACGAUUGUAGAUAAAUUAGCAAAGAAGCCUGGACUUUCUUAUGCCGAAAUUGCCAAAACUGCACAUGAUGCUGGACAGACUCGUUUAGCUACCAAGUUGUUGGAUUAUGAGCCCAGAGCAGCAGAUCAGGUACCACUUUUGAUUUCUAUGCAGGAAGAUGAAACGGCUCUUAUCAAAGCCAUUGAUAGCGGAGACACGGAUCUAGUGUACUUGGUUAUCUUUCACUUGAAGCGUAAAUUACCAUUGGGCGAAUUCUUUAGGAUGAUCAAUAAUAAACCCAUGGCCUGUAACCUGUUGGAAGUGUACUGUAAAGAACAAGAUACCGAACUCUUGAAAGAUUUUUAUUACCAAGAUGAUCGUCGUAUUGAUAGUGCCAAUGUGGUUUUAUCCGAAGGAUUCAGUGAACUGGAUAUUGCGGAACGUAUCAAAAAGCUAAAGAUUGCAGGAAAAACGUACAGUGAACAUCGUGAACAAGCCUUUGAAGCCAAGGCUGUGGAUGAGGCGAUUAAAUUACUUCAGUUUCAAUUAACGUUGGAAAAAGACACGACGCAAUCUUUCACAGGACUUUCAACAAGCGAAACAAUUUAUAAAUGUACAACACUAGGCCAUCAUAAUAAAGCCACCAAGAUCAAGACGGAUUUCAAAAUCCCCGAUAAACGAUUUUGGUGGGUCAAGUUACGUGCGUUAGUCGAAGUGAGAGAUUGGGAAACCUUGGAAAAAUUAGCCAAGAGUAAAAAAUCACCCAUUGGUUACGAGCCCUUUGUUGAAGAAUGUAUCAAGGCCAAACAAUACCAAGAAGCAUCGAAAUAUAUCCUCAAGUGUGACCCACCUGUCCGACCUAUGCUUUUUGUCAAGAUUGGCGCUUUCAAAGAAGCAGGUGAACAAGCUUAUUUAAACAAGGAUGUGGAAGGAUUAAGACAAGUAAGAGCCAAAUGUACAAAUCAUAUUGUUGCACAAGAAUUGGAUUCUCUUUUAGCUCAGCUCAAUGCCAAAUAAACUGUAAUCUCUUAGUCAGUAUAUUCCAUAA